ACGUGACACAAUAAGGAAGUGAACUGUAACGUUUCACCAAAGCGGUUUGUCGUUUUAAACAUAUUAAAAUAAUAAUAUGCUCUUACUGCUAAGGUUAAUACGUACUCAUCGGGACGUGAAAUAUAGCAAUGAAUAGGAAAUGACGUCAGCAGUCCUCUGUGUGCAUGUUCAUGUAGCGUUGCGUCAGGACAACAUGUUUGUAUCGCUCCUGAUUUAUACUUUAUUAACGUUACUGUUUCCUCUUGGACAUGCAUCUCUGCCUGUCGUUAUCAAUACCUGGCCAUUCAAGAAUGCAGCGGCUGCAGCAUGGAGCGCCCUGCAGUCCGGUGGCUCAGCAUUGGAUGCGGUGGAGAAGGGAUGUGCCCGCUGUGAAAUAGAGCAGUGUGAUGGUUCUGUCGGUUACGGAGGGAGCCCAGAUGAGACCGGAGAGACCACGCUGGAUGCCAUGAUUAUGAACGGAGAUACCAUGGAGGUGGGCGCAGUUGCAGACCUGAGAAGAAUCAAGAAUGCCAUUGGGGUAGCGAGAGCUGUGAUGGAGCACACUGAGCACACACUGCUGGUGGGAGAGUCAGCGUCUGUGUUUGCUGAAAACAUGGGCUUCAUCGCAGAAGACCUGACUACCAACACAUCUGUGAAUAUUUUCUCACAGUGGCUGAAGGGCAACUGCCAACCUAAUUAUCGAAAGAAUGUAAUGCCAGAUCCUUCCAAGUACUGUGGACCCUACAAGCCCAAGGCUACACUGCUACGGAACAGGAGGGCACAGCGUGCCAGUAUACACUCCCAUGACACCAUAGGGAUGCUUGCUCUUGAUCAAGAUGGCCACGUGGCUGCUGGUACAUCGACCAAUGGACUAAAACACAAAGUUCCAGGUCGUGUUGGGGACUCUCCUAUCGCUGGAGCAGGGGCCUAUGCUGAUAGUUCAGCUGGUGCUGCUGCCGCUACUGGAGAUGGAGACGUCAUGAUGCGCUUUCUGCCAAGUUACUUGGCCGUGGAGCUGAUGAGGGCCGGGGCAGAUCCCUCGGCAGCCUGCAAGACGGCCAUUUCCAGAAUCAAGAGGCAUUACUCAGAGUUCUUUGGAGCCAUCAUCUGUGCUAACACAACAGGCCAUUAUGGUGCAGCCUGUAACAAAGUCCCUGGCUUCUCCCAGUUCCAUUUCAUGGUGUCAAACUCAGAGGCAGACAUACCGCUCCUGAAAUCUGUGGACUGCUUUUAAACUGUGUGCAACUUAGAUGAAUGAAUCAAGUCUCCAUGCUGUAUUUUUAUGCUUGUGAUUUUGCUUUUAAAUCAGAAAUAAAAUGUAAACAAAAAUAAAUGUCACAUGAAAUUUUAA